CCAUCACUCGACUAAAAAGUUCACACGCUACUCGCGUAGAUAAAUUGUUAUAUUUGCUUGUGUUUACCCCUUCUUUACAACGAAAGUCGUGAUAUUAGUGGUACUUUAAAAUUUUAUAAAAAUCUUCCGCAAAGUGUGUUCAACGGAAUGAUGCGUGAGUGUGACAUGUUAACAGUCGAUCCUUCACCAACGCGAUUGGAUUUAUGAGGAUCUACAGGAUCUAAACGGUCGUCAUCACGGAUAUCAGAGGAAGGCACACUGGUAGAAUGGCAGAAGACGAGAGGCAAAUUAGAGCGGCCGCGGAGACCUUGCUGAGCGGAUCUAUAAACUCUCAGAGGAGUUCGUACACUCAGCAAAGUAUAACGCGAACACCGGAUAUCAUUCUCAGCGAGGAUCUUAUCGCGGGUGCAAUGCAAAACGGGAGGAUGUCGAAUGUCAGGCGUUUCUUUUGCCUCUUCGUCACCUUUGACCUUCUGCUCACUUUUCUCAUGUGGCUGAUUUGCACGAUGAUCGCCGGCGAGAGUCUGGAGUCCGCAUUCAAGAAUCAAAUUGUCCAUUAUCACAUAAAAACGUCACUCUUCGACAUUGUGAUGUCAGCGAUUUGUAGGUUUACGGUCUUGCUGCUCUUCUAUGCGAUACUCCAUCUGAAACAUUGGAUCAUCGUAGCUCUGACGACUGCCACGACUUGUGCCUUUUUAAUCGUCAAAGUGUUUCUUUUCGACUGGUCAACAUGCAGUCAACCAGUAUUCCAAGUUCUUCUAAUUCUCACAUCUUUUGUAUUGCCAUGGGUGGAAGCUUGGUUCUUCGAUAUCCGCGUGUUACCACAAGAGACACAGGCUAGAAAUUGGUUUAGAAAUUUCGCCGGAAAUGAAAGGGAACCUCUUCUACGGGGUAUCACCUCGGAGUCGAGGCAGUACAACAGCGGCGAACCUAUCGGUAACUUUUUUACUCCAAUAGAUUCUCCUGAUCACUCUGAGAACGAGUAUGAAUAUUCGAGAAGACCAGGGGGUUCUAAAAGUUUUCCGAAAUCCAACGAUAUGUUGGUGACUAAGAAACUCACGCCCGACAUGAUAGAUGAUUAUAAACGAAAAGCAUCUGUAUUGGUGCAAAAUUGCCAUGAAUUAUUACAGUCUAAUAAUUGGCAAAUUGAAAAUAUAUUGUCCAAUGGCGACAUUAUCUUUUAUAUGGACCGUCCUAAGCCAGAAGGAAAAAUAUUAAAGAUAAUGGGAAUCGUUGACGCCCCGGCCAGUGCGUUUAUAAAUCUAUUAUACGACAAUUUCGAGUCGUCACCGACAUGGAAUAAACUGAUUACAGAGUCCAGAAAAAUACAACAUAUUGACGACAACACGGAUAUCGUUUACCAAACCACGAGUCCUCAAGGCGGUGGUAUCAUUAGCGCUCGUGAUUUCGUUAUUUUAAGACAUCGUAUUCAGUAUGGUAACUACUACAUUACUGCCGGUACGUCGGUGCCUUUUUCGUCAUUACCAAGUCAGACUAACGUCGUCAGGGGUGAGAACAACGUAAGCUGUUGGGCUGCUGAAGAUUUGCCCAAUGAAUGGAAUAGAUGUCGUUUUACAUGGAUCAUCAAUACAAAUUUAAAAGGCUGGAUACCGCAAAAAAUCAUAGAUAAAUCGAUGUCCACCGCGUUGAUAGACUUCAUGAGUUACGUGAGGAAUUAUGCACGGGAAAUGCAAAAAUUUUUCGCCUAGCGCAAGAUUCGCUGUGGUAGUCAGACGA